GUAUUUUCCCAAUUAGGAACGUUCCUUCGUCUAAUUACAUGCUAAAACUCCAGCUUCUUUUUCCAUCCGCGAUACUGCGAAUAAUUGCUCCUUCGUGGUAGUCGCGGAAACAUGGACGAUCCCACCGGAGACGGCGCCGAUGAAUCCUCUCAUGCUUUCGCCAGUGUUUCAGUCCUCAACUGUGUUGAUCUUUCUUGCCCUGACAUUCAUAAAUCCGUUUCCUUACUCAAACGGGCAUGUUUGGACUCUGGAUUUUUCUAUAUCAUCAAUCAUGGAAUUAGCCAGGAGUUCAUGGACGAGGUUUUUUCCCAGAGCAGAGAGUUUUUCAGUCUACCAAUAAAUGAGAAAAUGAAGCUUUUGAGGAAUGAGAAACACCGAGGCUACACCCCUGUUCUAGACGAACUUCUUGAUCCUGAACAUCAGUUAAAUGGAGAUUACAAGGAGGGGUAUUAUAUUGGCAUUGAAUUGCCUGAAGAUGAUCUUGAAUCACAGAGGCCAUUUUAUGGGCCAAAUAUGUGGCCUGCUUCAGAUCUUUUGCCUAUAUGGAGGGAGACAAUGGAGAGAUUUCAUCGUGAGGCGCUGGAUGUGGCAAGGGCAGUUGCGAGGAUCAUAGCUCUUGCGCUGGACCUGGAGGGUGAUUUCUUUGACAAGUCAGAGAUGCUUGGCCAACCUAUUUCAAUCUUGCGCUUACUGCACUAUGAAGGUCGAGUUUCUGAUCCUUCGAAUGGAAUAUUUGGAGCCGGUGCACAUUCUGAUUAUGGUUUAAUCACCCUCUUGGCAACAGAUAAUGUCGUGGGUCUUCAAAUAUGCAAAGAUAGGAAUGCUAAACCUCAGAAAUGGGAAUAUGUACCGCCUCUAAGAGGGGCAUUUAUAGUGAAUAUUGGUGACAUGCUGGAGCGUUGGAGCAACUGUAUUUUUAAGUCCACCUUGCACCGGGUUCUGGGGAAUGGUCAAGAGAGAUAUUCUAUUGCAUACUUUGUGGAGCCUAGUCAUGAUUGUCUCGUUGAGUGCUUGCCAACAUGCAAGUCAGAAGAAAGCCCUCCCAAGUUCCCGCCAAUCAAAUGUCAGACUUACCUGAGCCAGCGGUACACAGAUACACAUGCUGAUCUGAAUUCAUACAAAAGUCAUUAAACAUAAAGGCUUCAAAGAGAUUUAUCUUGUGUUUGUGAGCAUGGAUUUAGGCCUUGAAUUUGGAUUUAUAUGAAUUCAAACAAAACCCAAUGCAAAUUUGAAUCUACAAAAAUGCAAAUUCAAGGCUAAAAUUUCAAUCUCCCAAAUGUAAGGUUAACGUUGUAUUUGGGAAGGCUGAUACAUAAAACAGUAUCCUGCAGGAAUUUGGAUCAAAAUUGUAAGUCCCAGUGCUGAUGGAUGAAUAAAUGUACGUAUUUAGAAACAGAGGGUCAAUUAAUUUACAUUAGAGCGUCCAAUUGUAUGCGCUGCUUCAGCAUCAUGCCUCAAGAAUGCUAUGUUGCUAUACCUGUCAACUUCGUUGUUUGUAGUUUGCAUGGUAGUACUGUUGUUAGGUUUUCUUUUUCAUUGAACAGACACUCUGCGUGCGUAAUAUAUUUUCAUUUUAUUUA